CCACGCAGGCGGGAGAGCAGCGAGGCGCGCCCACGGGGCGGCGGGUGAGUGGGCAUGAGCGUUGCUGUAGGAGGCAGGCUCUAGUUCUUGCUGAAGGACUUGCUUGAGUUGGGCUUGAGUGUAGCGCACUCCGAGACGAGCACACAGCUCAAUCAGUCAGACCACAGGUGCUCGUCACUGACCGGGAGUAACGAAGGAACGCAGGGAUGUUCUUGGUCGGAAUGCGAUGUACUGCUUCGAGAUGACACGACGUCGGUUGUUUUUAACACAGGAUGGAACAUGUUCUGGGGACUUGUUUUCUCUCGUCCUGAAACGAUCUGCCCAUUGCGCAGAAGAACGAUGUGUUUUCAUGUAAUGUUCUGAAACACGGAAUGCGAUAUUAAUUCUACGAGGACAGCGUCAUAAGCAUGCAUCUGUUUCGGAGCUACACCUAUCAGGUCUACCCCGACCGCUAUCCCACGGACACGCAGACUAUUCGCGGCAUCAGCUGGACCCCUCUGCCAGAUGCGCUGGAGGCGAAGGACACCAUGAAACAGUUUCUAUCAGAGCGGAUCCUGAAAGCCGCAAGAGCCGUGCACACAGCUCUACUGGAGGGCAAUCCAGGUGUGAUCCGGGACCGCAAGCAUCACUUAAAAACAUACAGGCAGUGCUGCAGCGGAAAGGAGCUCGUUGAUUGGCUGAUCAAGAUCCAAGACUGCUCCCAGUCACGCAGCCAGGCAGUCGGCAUGUGGCAAGUCCUGGUGGACGAAGGCAUCCUCAUCCAUGUGAAGCAGGAGCUGAACUUCCUGGACAAGGACACACACUUCUACCGGUUCAUCGACACCGAGUCUGAUGUCAGCCACUCAGGGGAGGAGAAGGACUCGCGGGAGGAGGAGCUACAGGAGAGCCUGUCCCUAUUGGUCCAGAUGGGCCCUGACGCUCUACUUACCAUGAUCCUGCGCAAACCGCCAAACCAGAGGAGUGCGGAGGAUCUGGAGGUGAUUUAUGAGGAGCUGAUGCACAUCAAGGCUGCGGCACACCUGUCCACCUCAGUGCGGAAGGAGUUGGCAGCUGUGUUGGCAUUUGAAUCUCACACCAAAGCGGGCACAGUCUUGUUCAGUCAGGGUGACAAAGGCACUUCCUGGUUCAUCAUCUGGAAGGGCUCUUUAAUUUCAUACACACACGGCAAGGGUCUGGUGACCACGCUACAUGAGGCAGAGGAACUUUGGCCAGUUGGCGCUGCUCAAUGACGCCCCCGCUGCUGCACAUCAUCAUGCCGUGAGGACAACUGCCACUUCCUCAGAGUGGACAAGCAGGACUUCAUACGCAUCGUCAAAGAUGUGGAGGCCAACACUGUGCGUCUGGAGGAAACAUUGGGAAAGCUUGCUGUGGCUGGAGAAGAGCUCACUGAACAAGAAUCAUCCAAUCAGGGAGGAGCAGCCAGCAGCGCAUGUGUUUGGAGGCCUGUGGAGUCAGCAUGCUUGUGUGUCUCCUGGGAGCAGAGUCUGAGGAAGGAGGUGUUGGGAGACUCGCGCCUCUACGCGCUGCUCAGGGAACAGCUCAAGGAGCGGAGGAAGAAAAUGCUGGACAACGGUCAUCAGCCUUCACUAAAGCAACACAGUGAACUUGACUGGUUCCUUGGCUAUGACAACCCAGUGGGAAAAUGUCAGCCUAUCAAGGUCACCGAUAAAGUCCUGCAUGAGAUCUUCAGGCCUGACCACACCUUCGUGUGUCUGAUGCUGCCGGUGGACGCGUCCGUGCGGGACAUCAUGGAGGCGAUGAGCAAAGCCAGUGGAGAUUCCAUCCUGGUCAAGAUGAACUCUUCAGGAGACAGGGAGGAGCUAAAGAUGGAGGCGAGGGCGGUGUCCACCUCUCUGGGCCUGAACGAGAGGCUGUUCCUCUGCUCCACCAAUCAGGUGGACAAGCUGACGCCACUAAAGGAACAACUGGGUCCAGAGCUGAACACGAUGGAGUCGCUGGAGCAGAUGUGCUCCAAGGACAUCGCUAGCCAACUCAACAGCUACGACUGGGAGCUCUUCACCACCAUGCACGAGACUGAGCUGCUGCACUAUGUGUUUGGGAGGGACAAGUUCCCCCACUGCACCACGGCCAACCUGGAACGCUUGAUGCGGCGCUUCAAUGAGGUGCAGUACUGGGUGGUGACGGAGCUGUGCCUGUGCGUGGACCUGGCCAAGCGCGCCGCGCUGCUCAAGAAGUUCAUCAAGAUCGCCAUCGUGCUGAAGGAACAGAAGAAUCUCAACUCUUUCUAUGCUGUGAUGUUUGGCCUGACCAACAGUGCGGUCACUCGUCUCUACAAGACCUGGGAGAGGUUACCGAACAAGACGAGGAGGAUCUUCACUACCUAUGAGAGGAUGCUGGAUCCAGCCAGGAACCAUCGGGCGUAUCGACUAGCGGUGGCCAAGCUCAGCUCCCCCUAUAUCCCCUUCAUGCCUCUCAUAUUGAAAGACAUGACGUUCAUUCACGAGGGAAAUAAGAACUACAGCAGCACGCUGGUGAACUUUGAGAAGAUGCGCAUGAUCGCCAGGACCAUGAAAAUAGUGACCGACUGCAGGGACCAGCCUUACUUUCCCUCGUCACCACAGAAGGGCCUGACAGAGCGGAUGUUUCUAGACACUCCAGCCAUUCGUUUGUCCACCUAUUCUGACCAGUCACUCACCUUGCGCAGCAGCAGCAAUAUCCGCCACUACAUCCAGAACCUCAAAGUCAUCGACAACCAGAGGAAGCUCACGCAGAUGUCCCGGGACCUCGAGCGCUGACGUCCCAUGAAGCGAACCAGAAGCACAGGGCAGCCUGUUCUGCUCAUCACCAUAUAGGCCCAGCACAGCAGCCUGCUCAUUACUAUAGAGGCCCAGCAUUGCACUGUGUCUGUCCCACUGGACCAAGCUAUCUGCAGCAUCUCACCGCCAUUGAGCUUGUUAAAGGACUGCUCACUCUAAAGGACCGCUCACUCUACAGCCUUUGAGCUUGUUACGGGACUGCUCACUCUACAGCCGUUGAGCUUGUUAAAGGACCGCUCACUCCCCCCAAAUGAGUCUGUCACUCUCUCCUUAGUCUCAAGUCCAUGCUCACUCUUGCCACUCUCUCCACAGCCUCAAGCCCAUGCUCACUCAAACAUGAUUUGCUUGUCAGCUCUAAAUGAGAUAUGUGAUUGACACAUGAUUGGAAAAAUAGGCAGUUCAGUUUAAUUGUAAAGAAAAGAACAGCUAUGUAAUGUUAACAUUACUAUUUACCUGUAUAAGUCAAUAUGGGGUUUAAGUGCCAUAGUGUGUAAAGGGCCAAAACUGACAGGUGAAUAAGUGCAUAGUGUGUAAAGUGUGGCCAAUACUGACAGGUGAAUAAGUGCAUAGUGUGUAAAGGGCCAAUACUGACAGGUGAAUAAGUGCAUAGUGUGUAAAGGGCCAAUACUGACAGGUGAAUAAGUGCAUAGUGUGUAAAGGGCCAAUACUGACAGGUGAAUAAGUGCAUAGUGUGUAAAGGGCCAAUACUGACAGGUGAAUAAGUGCAUAGUGUGUAAAGGGCCAAUACUGACAGGUGAAUAAGUGCAUAGUGUGUAAAGGGCCAAUACUGACAGGUGAAUAAGUGCAUAGUGUGAUGAAGAUGAAUAAGCUGCAGGCGUCUCAACUCCCUCAUCACUGGUCUAGCUGGAGCGCUGGCCUGACAUCACUAAUUGCCUGGCCUACUGCGCCCUCUAGUGGCCUGUAGAGGCACGUGUCAGCAUGCCAGCAUGGCACAGUGAUGUAGACAGGCUGCUGAACAUAUGCUACGGCUGCUCAAGCUAUUUGUGCUACGCUUUGCUUAGAGCCCGCUGAGCAGGAGGGCUCUGUGUGCAUGUAUAUUAUAGUCUGGCGGUUGCCACGCCUACAGACUCUGUGUGUAUAUAUACAGGGUAGUCUGAAGGGCUCUGUGUGCGUACAUAUAUUAUAUAUAUUAUAGUCUGGCGGUUGCCACGCCUACAGACUCUGUGUGUGUAUAUACAGGGUAGUCUGAAGGGCUCUGUGUACGUACAUAUAUUAUAUAUAUAUUAUUGUCUGGAGGUUGCCACGCCUACAGACUCUGUGUGUGUAUAUACAGGGUAGUCUGAAGGGCUCUGUGUACGUACAUAUAUUAUAUAUAUAUUAUUGUCUGGAGGUUGCCACGCCUACAGACUCUGUGUGUGUAUAUACAGGGUAGUCUGAAGGGCUCUGUGUACGUACAUAUAUUAUAUAUAUAUUAUUGUCUGGAGGUUGCCACGCCUACAGACUCUGUGUGUGUAUAUACAGGGUAGUCUGAAGGGCUCUGUGUACGUACAUAUAUUAUAUAUAUAUAUAGUCUGGAGGUUGCCACGCCUACAGACUCUGUGUGUGUAUAUACAGGGUAGUCUGAAGGGCUCUGUGUACGUACAUAUAUUAUAUAUAUAUUAUUGUCUGGAGGUUGCCACGCCUACAGACUCUGUGCGUAUAUACAGUGUAGUCUGAAGGGCUCUGUGUGCGUACAUAUACCAUAUAUACAGUAUAUAUAGUCUGGAGGUUGCGAUGCCUAUAGGGACCAAAGGUCUUGUGGUCAUGUUGGAGAGGAUGCAAAUGAUCAAGCCAGAGCACAAUCAGUUUUGUAGUUUUUACAGUCAAAUGUAUGAGAAACAUAUUUCAUAUCAAAUGUAUCAGAAGUUUUAUUUUUUCCUAAAUAAAUUAUUUA